AUGGAGGAUGCCCACGUGAUCCAUACCAAAGAUAAUUGGGGCUUCUUCGGGAUUUUCGAUGGUCACGGAGGCCACCAGUGUUCGAAGUUCAUGGCCAGGCGUAUCCAGGAAGAGCUGGCCAUAAAUGGCAUGCCAGAUACAGAUGAUGAGGUCAUGGAUUUGGCUUUCCGCUUGGAGAGGGAGUUUCUGGUCUCCAAUCAACCCAGCGGAUCCACUGGUACAUUUAUCAUCAUCCAAGCGCCUACAGUUCCUGGAGGCAAGUACCGCCUCCGCGUUGGAAACGUCGGCGACAGCCGCAUACUUCUGGGGCAUGCCAAUGGCUCGAUCUUCCAUGGACCUGGAACAGACUACGGCCUCACUACGGACCCCAUGUCAAAUGUCAAGCCUCGUGCAAAUGUUGGUGAACUUGCGGGCGGAUUAGUAGGGAAUGUGCGGAUAUUUUAUACAGGCAUGAUGAUAUAG